ACCCGCCACCCCGCCGCGGGCCGGCUCCUCGCGGCGCCCCGCGCUCCGCCGCCCACCUGUCGCCCGCCUCCUCACACGGGCGCCGCGGGGGGCGGCGGGGAACGGGGCGCCGUGCGUCCCCCCCCCCCGGCGCCGACCCCCAAGUCCCGGGGGCCCGGCAGCGCCCCCUCCCCCGCCGGUGCGUGCGCCUGUAAGGCGACGGCGCUGCCCGGGCCGCCCCCCGGCCUCGCUGCAAGAUGGAGGGAUGCGUGGCCGUGGAGCGAGCCCGCAGCGCGCCUCCGGUCAUUUAUUUCCCCCCGCCGCUACCUGCGUGAGGGGCCGGAGAGCAGGAAUGGUUAUUCAGUUGCCUUGGAGAUGAUCCUGCUGCUGUAAAUGUAGGGGUGAAGAUUAAUGGUGUGGGCAGUAUGGACCUAAUGAACGGACAGUCAAGCAGUGUUAAUAUUGCAGCUACUGCUUCAGAGAAGAGUAGCAGCUCUGAAUCCUUGAGUGACAAAGGUUCAGCUGAACUGAAGAAGAGCUUUGAUGCAGUGGUAUUUGAUGUCCUAAAGGUUACACCAGAAGAAUAUGCGGGUCAGAUAACACUAAUGGAUGUCCCCGUAUUCAAAGCAAUUCAGCCAGAGGAGCUGGCAAGCUGUGGCUGGAAUAAAAAAGAGAAAUACAGUUCUGCACCAAAUGCUGUCGCUUUCACCAGAAGAUUCAAUCACGUAAGCUUCUGGGUUGUUAGAGAGAUUCUACAUGCACAAACUUUAAAAAUAAGAGCUGAGGUUUUGAGCCACUAUAUUAAAACUGCAAAGAAACUGUACGAACUGAAUAAUCUGCAUGCUCUUAUGGCAGUUGUGUCAGGCCUACAGAGUGCUCCAAUUUUCAGGCUGACUAAAACGUGGGCGUUAUUGAGUCGAAAGGAUAAAGCCACCUUUGAAAAGCUGGAGUAUGUUAUGAGUAAAGAAGAUAAUUACAAAAGGCUUAGAGACUAUAUCAGCAGCUUGAAAAUGACUCCUUGUAUUCCCUAUUUAGGUAUUUAUCUGUCCGACCUGACGUAUAUUGACUCUGCCUACCCAUCAACAGGGAGCAUUCUGGAAAGCGAGCAAAGAACAAAUUUAAUGAACAACAUUCUUCGGAUUAUCUCAGAUUUACAGCAGUCAUGUGAAUAUGAUAUUCCUCUGUUGCCUCAUGUCCAAAAAUAUUUAAACUCAGUUCAGUACAUAGAAGAACUACAAAAGUUUGUAGAAGAUGACAAUUACAAACUUUCGUUAAAGAUAGAACCAGGGACCAGCACCCCCCACUCUGCUGCUUCCAGAGAAGAUUUAGUAGGCUCUGAAGUUGGAGCGUCUCCACAAAGUGGACGGAAAAAUGUUGCGGCUGAAGGAGCCUUGCUACCACCAACACCCCCUUCGCCUAGGAACCUGAUACCACAUGGACAUAGGAAGUGUCACAGUCUGGGAUACAAUUUCAUACACAAAAUGAAUACGGCUGAAUUUAAAAGUGCAACAUUCCCCAACGCAGGACCAAGGCACCUACUGGAUGACAGCGUCAUGGAGCCUCAUGUCCCAUCCCGAGGGCAGGCAGAGAGCUCCACCCUUUCUAGUGGAAUUUCAAUAGGCAGCAGUGAUGGUUCUGAACUCAGUGAAGAGACUUCAUGGCCAGCAUUUGAAAGGAACAGGUUGUACCAUUCUCUCGGUCCGGGGACAAGAGUGUCACGAAAUGGCUAUCGAGGCCACAUGAAGGCCAGCAGCUCUCUAGAAUCUGAAGAUUUGGCUGUUCAUUUGUAUCCAGGAGCAGUUACUAUUCAAGGUGUUCUCAGGAGGAAGACACUGUUGAAAGAAGGCAAAAAACCUACAGUAGCAUCUUGGACGAAAUACUGGGUAGCACUGUGUGGAACCCAACUCUUUUACUACGCUGCAAAAUCUCUGAAGGCUACGGAGAGAAAACAUUUCAAAUCCACGCCGAGUAAGAAUGUGUCAGUGGUGGGCUGGAUGGUGAUGAUGGCAGAUGACCCUGAGCAUCCGGAUCUCUUCUUACUGACUGAUUCUGAGAAGGGAAAUUCAUAUAAAUUUCAAGCUGGAAACAGAAUGAAUGCAAUGCUGUGGUUUAAACACCUGAGUGCUGCCUGCCAAAGCAACAGACAACAGGUUCCUGCCAACUUGAUGACAUUUGAAUAAUAGGCGAAUUCAAAAGAACCAUCUCAUAACUGAGAACGAGGUCCUGAUGAAAAAUGUGCCAGCUGUAUUCUGUGCCAGAACAGAGCCCAUCAACUCGAUCUCUGAACUCUGGAGCCCUGAACAAAACCACUAAUGAUUGGGGAGCAGAGUCCCCCAAAUUAAAAAUGGAGUUGCAACAUGAAUUGCCAUGGACCAUGCUUCGUUAUAUUCUCUGAACUGACCUGUGGAAACCACUGCCUUAAAGAAUGAAAGGAAAAACAACAUGAGACACCAAACAGUGUGUGUGAAACUUCUGGCGGUGCUGUGCUUGAGUAAAAUAGAUUGUAGCUAGUUUGAGUUUCUUUUAACUUUAUACUAAUUUUGAAUAUAACUCACCUUUUUAGGCAUUCUUAAGAAAACAAGUGAACCUGGUAUUUGAGAGUUGUAUAAAAGCUAUGUAUGGACCGGGUAAAAGAGGUACUACGCGUUUGAAAGAUGUUGUUUAGACUAUACUAUACCAGGAAUUCUUGAUGGAAGCUUAUCCCAGGCACGCUUAGCCUGGAGCAAUGUUAUUUCUCUCAGACCUACGAGUAUAAGAAAUGUUAACAACUGCAAGUUUAAAAUAGCAGUAAGCUUGCAAACCUUAGUACUGUAUGGGAGCCGUAUUCCCUAUGAGUGGCACAAAGGCCGAGCACUUAGACGCCAAAAAUUUUUUUGGUAUGUUGUUACCUAAUUCCUGGUUAAAAAACAUAGUUCACAUGGGUUUGGGUGGUCAGGGACUGUGUGUGGAAGAGAAAACUGAAAGCACUGUCGGGUCAGAACUGAGUGUUUUCUUCCCAUGUGAUUCUACACGUGUUAUUCUCCUGCGUACGAAGGCAGAAAACCCAACAUGGGGGUAUAGCUCACGGAGACGUUUUACUUCUCUGGGUAUCUGUUAAUUAUCAGUUAGGGACCACUGACAGUGUAUGGUGUUUCGUAUUAUCACUGAAGAUCUGCAUUUAAAAAGAUAGAGGCACAGUUUCAAGCUUUCAUGUUCUUAUUUGGCAAUAAUUGAUUUUAGUAUCUGUCUUGGUCAAAAUAGUUGACGUUGUGUGGUAUUGAUAACACGGCCUAAAGCAGACCUUACGUACAGAAGCUCUUUUGAUCUUCAGACAAAUAAUUAAUUCAUUAAAGGUAGGAUAAGUAGGAUAACCUAAGGAGAGAAAAGGUGUGGGACUACCAAAAUUCCAUCCUUGACAGGAGUAAUUCUUGGUCACUGAAGUUACUCACGGAGAAAAACAUUAUGGUUGUAAAAAGGGAGCCAUGCUUUCUGUGCGUGUUUUAUGCUUAAGACUUUGAUUCUUGCUUUAUUUGGAUUUCUUUGACGUCACCUAGAUAUAGUUUCCUGGUUGAUUAGUCUUUCUUUAAUCUUCAAAAAUAUUAUCUUUGUAAAGCAAGGAAACAUUGUCCAAAAUAUGACUCCGAUAUCAAAACUUUGAAGUCUGUGAAAAAGUAGUAACUGUUCCAUGACAUUGUGGUUUAGUGGCCGUAAAUACGCUUGCAGAUUCCACCAUGAAUACUCCUUUUUUAAAAAACAAACAAGCUACCUACCAGUCUGUGGCAGAGUUCUCUGACUAUCUAAUAAAGGUUUCUACUAGCAGUUACUAGUUUGAAAAUGUACAGUUUGUUUAUUGCACCGAAGUAGAAGCCUAUAAAUUCACGUUUUGGUUGUUUUCCAGAGUCAAAUUAAUCUCUUAAUGGAAAUGAUUGAUUUCUGAUGACUGGGGGGGGCAAAAAAAGAAGAAUAAUCCAAUCUCACAGUAAAAAAACAAAACACAAAACCCCCAACCCCUUCUUGGUGAUGUAAAGGGUAAUAGGCUGGUUUAUGUUUCCAAGAAUUGUUCUUGCAAAUUGGCACUUGGUAGAAAGAAAACAGUAGAAGGAUGCUUCUGUCAGAACUGCACCACAAGCACCAUGGGAAUUUGUGUCCCUUUGCAAUUUUUCUUUGUUGUUGUUUUGAUGGGGAAUGAAUAGUCUGUUCUGAUCCUGAAGUCAUGUAUUUUGGGAAGGGGUUACUGGUGCUGGAUCCCUCUGCAAUUCGCGUAUCUCCCAAGUUUACCCAUGUUGGGUGUGUAGCAAAGGCAACAUCUUCAUAGCCAGCGGUGUUACUGGAGUAGACUUUGCACAACUUUAGUUUUGGGGUUUUUUAUGUUAAAAAUGACUUAACGUGUGUUUCUUCUCAAUGACUAAGUGUUUUUUUAACAGUGUGUGUACUUUUUUUAAGCGUUGUGGAUAAUAGCCUGUGGAUUUUGAAUUUUUAAAUAAGCUAUUAUAGGUUCAUUGCAGUGUAACUGUAUUUGUUCUUCUGUUAGUGAAAGGAAACGUGCACCUGGGAGCCACAGCCUGACAUCACCCAGCUUUGCUAAAGACAGAGCCAGGUCACAAGGUGUCAUUUAUAUUUUUUUAUUAUUAUUUUUAUUUUUCCAGCUGUUUUGAGUUAGGUUUUUAUGGUAGGAAGAUGGUGAGGGAAACAGCUCACAAAUCAUCAUUUAGUGAAUUGUUGCUCUUACCAGCUUUCAUUGUUCUUCGGCCUCCACUCUUCCUUGGUUUUCUACCCACAGAUAAUGCUGUUUUUCUGCCCACAGAUAUGCUGUUUUUCGUGGGAGAAAUUGAGUGUUGUGGGAGGAGUUUCUUAAAAUGUGUAGCCAGUGUAACUGGAGUGAGUAAUGACAAUGUGGAAAACAUUAUUGGCACUUGUUACAAUGAGUAGUUCCCUACUUUCCUGUUGUUGAUCUCCUAUUUAGCCACCUAGUCCUACAAGGCAACACAGAAAGACUGAAAUGUUACAUAUUUUGAGAUAAUUGGUGCUCAGGAAGAGGUGGUGGAUUUGUUCCCCGAGGGAAAGCUGCCUCAGCUAACCUUGGAAAGACUGACAAGUCAAAUACACUGUAAAGAACAUAGUAAUGCUCUUUCAAAAAAAUGCAAAAAACAAACAAACAAGCAAAAGACUGAAAUAAUUAAAACCAGUGCUGAGAAAACAAGGACAGCAACAAGCUCUCGUAUUUCAGGUAAGACUGUCAUCCAGACUACUUCAGAUAGUUGGCAGUUUCUCUUUUGACUUUUAUUUUUAAUAUAUUGCUCGAAUUCUUUACCUUGUUAAUAAUUGCUGAAAUACUUCAGCUUAUGUUUGUCACUUUCAUUUCUUAAAGUUUUGAUAUUUAAACUAAAGAUGCCCCUUUACAGUUCCCUGUUUUGGAGGCGUGUGAGCAAAAAGUAUUCAGAGUAGAUCUUCCUAGCAAGACUUCACAUGCAAAUGUUAAUCGUCUGCUGCCUGCUAACCUUUUUGUUAGCCAAGCAGUCUUGGGAAAGACUGGACACCAGGGAAUGUCUGGUUUAUGGAACUGGUGCAGCGCAUUGGAAAUACGUAACAUUGCACUGAUUAUUGAUUACUUACUGCUAACUUUUAUCUUUCUAACUUACUCCAUACUGCUUUUGGCUAGGUUUUUCAAAACCUGACUUCCCUUCCAGUGUUCUCAGAAAGCAAGUAAGGAGAUUUAUUUUUGAAAAAUUCUGAUAAUUUGAGUAAACACAGCUCAUCCCAGACACGUAUUUCAUUUUGCAGACAUUUCAUGCUAGAGGGAUAUUACUCAGGAUAUUAUGAUUCAUUAAAUAUUUAGGUGCAAGUUACAGGUAUUAAAAUGACAAAUACUAAUAAAUGAAUGCUCAUAAAUACUUACAUGAAUGAGCUUUAGCACCCAGCUUUAAAUUGUGUUAGUUAGUUCUUUUAAAUUACUGUGAAAAGCAUAUCCUACUUAAGAAAGAUCUGAGAAGGAGAAUACUGCAGUGGCAGACCUUAUUGUCAGCUCUGCAGCUGCAUUAAGCAGCCCCCUAGUUACGCAGAUGUUUUAGCCCACUGCCCGAGGAAUCGGUGCCUCUUUUGGGGAAUCAGUUGAUUAACUUUCCUCCUCAAAACGCUACUACAGAGCACUUGAACUUCUACCAAGAAAAGCGUUUCUAGAAGCAUGCAUAUUUGAAAACAUCUUGGGAACAAAAGGAAGCAUAAAAAAACCAGCAGGAUUCUAUUAGUUGUUUUUUCCUCACUAGAAGUAAAUGCAUCUAAUCUAAUUUUGCAUGCAAUAUCAGCCUCCUGUAUUUGCGUUUAUACAAUUUCAACAAUAAGUCUUCCUCUUUUGGCAUCAGACAUAACAAAUGUUAAAAGGAAAUGCUUUGCUUUCCAGCAGAAGUAAUUGCAGGUUUUUGUGCUGCUAAGGCACUGGAGGAGGUGAGGUCCCUUUUGAUAAAAGGCAAAUUGAUUUUGUGGUCUUUGUUAACUCUAGCAAAUCCUGUCUAAAUCAAGAUAAGAUAAAUCGUGGGAUGUUGCUGCUUCUGGCUCUUUCAGUGGCAUUUUUCUUCAUUCUUUGUCCUUUUUUUCGGUAUGCUAACUCAACAGCAUUACUAGUUCCAAUCUUUUCCACGGCUGGCUGCAGUAUGCUGCCUGUUGCAAGCAUCAGGACACCAGGGCUGGUACUAAAUCACAUCAGUUAAUUCCUCAUUCUCCCUACAAGGACAAGUUUUAAAAGUUCUGUUAUUACUUAAGUAUUGUGCUUUUUCUUUCAUUUUUUCUCUAAAAGUGGCUUGUGCAUAAGGUGAUUUGGCUUGGGACAGGUGUCAUUAAAAGAAUCUGUACGAGUGGACAUUGAAUUUGUCUGUAGACCGUUAUCCUAUUUUUAAAACCAUCAUUCGAAUUUGUAAUGCAUCAAGAGAGAGUGAGUGCUUGGAUUUAAGGAGGCUUUUGUCAGUGCCUUAUUAUUAACUUGAAGACCAAUUCCUUUAUUUCAGUGCUGAGAGUACCACGGUGGCAGACCUGCGUACCAUGUCCUUGAUGUACCAAGGGGCAGUGUUCCUUGCAGUCGUUGCAUUUCUGCGGCAGUUGGUUGUUUUGGUCAAUGUGAAAUAGUUGUGGCUUGAGUUGCUUUAGUUGUUUGUGGCUUUUUUUCUGUUUGAAUAGCCUCUUUUUAGGAAAAAUGCAGAGGUAUUUGGUAGCUUGGGCUUGCUCAGCUUUUAUCAGACCUAGCUCAGACUUCUUCAAAAUUAAUUUAUUUCUAUUCUGGUAUGUCUCUAAAUGGAUUUAGUAGGAGAGAAAAAUUGAAGAGGUUAGUCCAAGUCGUGGUCUAGACCACAUGAACUUAAGACCUCACAUUAUUAGAAAGGAGCUUGCUUUCCUCUCUCCCUUUUUGAUUUAAACAUUGGAGAACAUUCUUAGGAGAUUUAUUUCUUACAAGCUUUUUGUUAACGUAAAAUAAAUACUACAGGAAAAAACUGUUUGGGGAAAGAGAAGGCUUGGAUAAAUCUUAUUCUUUCUUAAUAUCCCAUAAGCUCAGUUAUGUAUAUUGUAUUUCUCGUGCCAACACUGUAGAGAGUACUGUCCUUCACUGAAACAACUCCUAGAGAUAGUUUUAGUAGCAAGACUUUAUAAGCUUCGCAUGGGGAAAUGAGAGAAGGAAUGUGUUGUUCUUCAGCAAUUAAACAUCUGUUUUCCUGGAACACAUCCUUAUAAAAACAUAGCGGUUUUACUGUAGUUCUUAUAAAUCCAGGUGUCAGAAUGGGAAGGAUAGGUUGAAAAUUCAUCUUAUUCUUUUUAAGAAUCUUGAAAGACAAUAGAAGGGUUAGGUCAGAGGGGGAAAGACCAGUUACUUAGUUUAGCCGUGCCUGUUGCAGAACAGAGCUGACAAGUUUUCUUGAAGUUACGUUGCUAAGAAAAAAGGUGUAUGAAAUGUAAUGAAAUGCAGGUUGUGGCUGUUAACCUGAUCUUGCUCCAGUGACUAAAAGCAUCGUAAAUAUUCUGCUUCCUUUGUGUGUUUGAUUAGCAUAUUAUUUCUCUUUAUUUGGGUAGGUUCUGGCCUUCACACGUGUUUCCUGAAGGUAUUUCUUACCAUUCCAAAGCUGUUCAUGGAUGAAACUGAAAAGCAGUAUAAAUGGAUUAAAUGUUGAAAUAAAGGUUUCUAGGGUGCCUUGUUUACAGGCACUUCUAGCUCCUCGGGUACAGGAGCAUAUCCAUUCAAUUACUACUGUACUGAAGUGUGAAAAGCACCAGGAAAUCGUAGACAGUGUUUUAUAAUAAUCCUGUGAGGACCAACCAUCACUGGAAGGGGGGAUCAAAGUUGUCAUGCAGUAAACAAGCCAUUUUUAAUAUUCCCUGCUGGUGUGAGGCGUUCUAGAGAUAGAGGGAUUGCACCAUGAUCUCGUUGAGUGAUGUGCAAUUUGGCUGUCCUCUAGCCUUUUUCUUCAACUUUUUUAAUACUUUAUUCUGUGUGUGUGUGUGAAAAUUGUGUGUUUGCAUAAGCUAGUUUAAAUGAAUUUAAGUACAGGUUUCAAAAAUCUUUCCUACUGAAAUAAAUGAUUUAAAAGAUG